UGUUGUGAGGCGCGGGUCACCUCCGAGAAGGUGCGGGGUGGUGGUCGUGGCCCGGGGGCGUCCCUGGGGACUUUGGGAUGGCACAGAGGCUAGCUCUCCAGCGGCUGUUCCUCACCCCCAGGACAUUGCACCUACAGGGCCCCGUGGCACAGCGUGCUUCCCUGGCUCCUCAUGGCAGGGCCUUCAGCACCUCAGCAGGCUGCAGGAGCACUUUCAACGUGCAGGAUGGCAGUGAUUUCCAGGACCGUGUGGUGAACAACCCCAAACCUGUUGUGGUGGACUUCCAUGCACAGUGGUGUGGCCCCUGCAAGAUCCUAGGCCCCAGAUUAGAGAAGAUGGUGGCCAAGCAGGAGGGGAAAGUGCUGAUGGCCAAAGUGGACAUUGAUGAUCACACAGACCUUGCUAUUGAGUAUGAGGUGUCAGCAGUUCCAACCGUGCUGGCUAUGAAGAAUGGAGACGUUGUGGAUAAGUUUGUAGGGAUAAAGGAUGAGGAUCAGCUGGAGGCAUUCCUCAAGAAACUCAUUGGAGCCUGAAGUAAAGUAGUGGCUGUACCUCUCCCUCUGGAUACGUCCAUGUUGUGCAUUCCUUGCCUGGGAGAGCGGAGGGGCACACUAACUGCCUGCCUUGUACAACCUGGGGGUUUCUUCUGGUUUGGGGUUUGUAGAUGGACAGUCUUGUAACCCUCCCCUCCCUCUCCCCCUUCUCUUGAGCAGCAGUAGUUUUAAGGGGCGCCGAGGAGCACGGCUGCUUAUUCUCAAAAUGGGGAAUGCAGCUGGAACUGGAAGCCUGUGUUUAUCAGCAAAGAGCUGACGCGUGGAGCUGCUGCUGACUUAAGAGGAGGAAUGUUUUCUUUUUGUCUUGCCUAGCAUCUGAUAGCCCAGAGCAGAGGGCAGCUGCUCCCUGCAAGAUGUAAGUACAUACCUGCCCUGGGUGGGUUUGUUUGAAGCUGAGAAUGCCUCUUGCCUGAGAAAGCUGUCUCUUUGUCUCUCUGUCCUUGUGUUGCUGGGACAGGUACAACCACUCCACAAAUCCAUGAGUUCCCAGCACAUUUUAUAAGAGAAAAUAGAAAUAUUUUAUGGAUCUCCUUUUGUAGGACUGUAAUAAAGAGAACUUUAUCAGUCACUGCUACCUA